AUGUUGGUUAUAAUAAUAGAUCAAAAUAGUUCUAGUAAAAUUGACUAUAAAUGGAAGGCGAGAGAAGUCCGUCGAAUGUGAGUAGAAAGAGUAAAACGUCCUCUUCCAGGCCGGUUUCAUCCAGACCAGAUGAGCCAGUGGCUCUCAACUGGACUUGCGAGGAGGUCCAGGACUGGAUUGAGAGCAUCGGGUAUCCACAGUACAGGGAGUGUUUUUCGGACAACUUCAUUGACGGGAGGAAGCUGAUCUUGAUGGACUGUUCCCACUUUCCACAGAUUGGAAUCACUGACUUCGAACACAUGAAAACUAUAGCAGCCAAAAUUAGAGACCUGCUGGGCAUUGAGUUGAUCCCGUGGGACAGAAGCAUCGCAGAUCCCCCCAGAGACCAAAUGGGACUGUUCUUAGAGCGAAAACGACCGACAGGGGAGUAUGCGGACUCACUAGUGUACAGUGACUUCAUAAUGGGAAAGGGACAGUAGCUUAGAAGAGUAUUUACUCAAAGAGAAUUGUCGAGGCUCAAAAAACAACAUCGAAUUAUAGACACUCCACAUUGAAAUUGGCUUCAUAAUGGGAAAGGCGCACUAGUUUAGUAGAUUGUCGAAUGUUAACUUUAUCGAGAACUCUCGUGCGUCAAAGUUUGCCAUCGACUUAUAGACUGUCUACCUUGAAUUUGUUUUUUGAAACGAAUGGGCUCAACAAAUGUAAAUAACCGAAAUGUAUGUAUGUUUCAUAUGUAGAUAAAGAUAUAUUUUUUGGAA